GUCAAAUUGUUUCCCAUAAUUCAUUGCGCCGGAAAGAAAUAGUGUGAGGAAUCUUGCAUUUUAAACGCUAUGUAGCAUAAUAUUGUUGAUCCGAUUUGAGGUAUGUGAAUCUACGUACAACGUCGUCUUUUCAAAGGUUGCACAUUCAAAACAAUGAUUCCCAGCACCGCGCGCAAGGCGGUGAACGGCGCCGGAAUGGACGAGGGAAACCGCGCCAGAGAGUUCGGCUCUGUCCCGCUAUUGGACAUGCUUGCCGAAGUGGCGUCUGCGACACUCAAAAGUGACCCGAACCUUCACAAGGAUCCACCGCAGAAGCUCCGCAAGGCGACUCUUCAGGCGGAUGCCUUAACGCUUGACCAGAUCCGGAUUCUGUCGGAUCGAAUGCUCCUGGACAUGUUCUCAGAGCUGACGAGCAACGAGAUGCGACGUACGUUCAGCUACCGCUGCUACCUCAUGCCGAGCGCCUGUGCAGAGACUUUUUCCAGUUUCGGCAAUGAGAAUCGAGCCCGUCUUCAGAUGAAAGCUCACCUGUUAGCACACAUUGCCAAGCUGCUGACAGAGGCCAAUGCUCCGGGGCGUCUGGGCAAGGUUCCAUUCACUGCAGAACCAAUCCAGGCGAGAAGAAAGAGGUUGCAAGGGACCGACACCGGCACUCGCCGUCGCAAGCGCAGCCAAGUGAAGAAAGGACCCUCCCAGCUGGCGAGCACCAAGGGCGACCGGCGUCGACCCCAUCAGUCGCCGCACCCGCAGCCCCCGGCCACCCCCGGCCAGGUCAAGCCCAAGUCCAAGCCUCACUCCAAGCCGCAGGUGAACCUACAGGCCAAGCUGCACACCAAGCCCCACUCCAAACUGCACUCGAAGCCGGCAAAGCCGAACGCCAAGCUGCUCUCCAAGCCUCACACCAAGCUUCAGGUGAAAAUCCUCAGCAAGCCGGACGGGAAGAUGGCCGCAAAGCCGGGCAAGCCAAAGCCAAAGCCGUCUUCCAGCUCGGAGUCGUCUUCGGCGUGCAACGGAGACGUAAUGUCUGAGCGGCAGUGGGAGGAGCAUCCAGGUGCGGCAGUGGUGCGAAUGGACCAUGCGUACUGGGGCACAGUGCGGACGACCUGCGAGGAGGACGAGGGCAGCGACCUGGAGGAGUGGUGCGGGGAUCGAGCGGAACGCAGGGGCCCCGUGCCGUGCCAGGCGGUGAUAGCCACGCCCCCUUUUCCCUAUGUAUACGUGCCGUUGCUACCAAACACGUCGUCGGUGGUCGAAGUCGCGGAUCCGGUGCGCCACCCACGAUGGAGACGGGAGGGGCAGCGACGACGCGCCCGCGCGUCCACCAGCGAGGACGACGAAGACGAAGAGGAGGAAGAGGAAGAGGAGGGUGAAGAGGAGGAGGAGGAAGAGGAAGAGGAGGACGACGAUGAGGAGAACGAAGAGGAGCGGCAUCCCAAGGCGAAGUCGCGGCCACACGGGCGCCGUACCGCGAGACCGUCGGCCGAGACAGACGUGGAGCGGCGCCUUGCCCUGAAGCACAUCCGUGCCCUGCGUGCCAAGCGCAAGGAUGAGCGGGGCCCCCUGGUGUGCAAGAUCUGCAAGACAAAGGUGUUCACCGCCCAGGCCACACUUAUGUAUCACUAUCGGAGUCACGCAGGCAUCAAGCCGUUCAACUGCAAGAUCUGCGAGGCGACAUUCACUCGGCAGCACAGCCUCAACUACCACAUGCUGAUCCACAACAACAAGAGUCGCUUUGCAUGCGAGGACUGCGGCCGUCACUUCCGGCACCCGUCCCACUUCAAGGAGCACUUGAGACGCCACACGGGGGAGACCCCCUACCAGUGCACAGACUGCAGCCAGAGGUUCAAAACGAGGAACACCUACAAGCGGCACCUCAAGACUCGCCACGGCAAGAUCCUGACGGCUCAAGGCAUCCUGUCUCUCGGAGAGGCCCGAUCGUCCAAGCUGGCCGCCACGUGUACAUAGCAUACCACGACUCCCUUGUACAGAAAACACACACAAAACGAACACAAUGCCAUUUUGUACAGCACCUUUGUAGGGAAACGGAAGGAUCCCAAUAAAUGCCCCCAUGCGGCACUCAAUCGCUGGUCGAGCGUUCAGAGUCUCGUGGACCUCGAUUCUUAAAAUGCUCCAAGUGUGCAUUUCGUCCUUGGUGUAUAACGCUGUCGAAGGUGCUGGAACGAAAAUGUGGCUCUAUCUUGUGGUUUCUUUGCAAGCGCUCUCGCCGUGAAUACGAGGUCCUGGAGGGAAGUAAGGCGCAUGCGUCGGCAGGUUGCAUGGCGUUGCGCACUAAAGGCCCGUUCACACACUUGCUUUUGCUUAGGACCGAGUUCUUGCGAUCCCUUACAAGAAA